AUGUGUAGAUUCAUGGUCUACAAAGGCUCAGAGCCAAUUAUUCUCUCCAAGCUCAUCACUGAACCUUCACACAGCAUUCUGACCCAAUCUUAUGACAGCCGACUCCGUCUCGACAGUCGCCGUCCGGUCAAUGGCGACGGCUUUGGCGUAGGAUGGUAUACUGAGCCCGAACUAGGUCCCGAUCCAUGCAUAUUCACGUCUACUCUUCCGGCAUGGAACUGUGUCAAUUUGGAACGCAUCGCGCCAAAAACCGCCUCGAGGCUGGUUUUUGCCCAUGUCCGCGCCACAACUGAGGGUUCUCUUGCAGAGAAUAACUGCCACCCGUUCCAGCACAACACCCUCAUGUGGAUGCACAAUGGCAACAUCGGGGCAUGGAAAUACGUCAAACGGCCCCUUGCCGACAGCCUGUCCGACAAGUGGUUUCUGGGGGUCAAAGGCGGCACAGACUCUGAAUGGGCGUUUGCCUUGUUUCUCGACACGCUGGAAAAGGACGGGGUGGAUCCAAGCUCCGAACCCAAGGACGGAUUCGACACCAAACUACUACGACGAGCCAUGAAGAAGACGAUCGCAAAGAUUAAUGCAUUUGUCAAGGCCGUCCCAGCCGAACAUCAACUCGACGAUGUCGAGACCAGGAGCCUUCUCAAUUUCGCCGUCACCGACGGCCACUCGGUCAUUGUCACUCGCUAUGUCAGCAGCAAGACCGACGCAGCCGCAAGCCUGUACUACUCAUCUGGCACGGCGUGGGUCGAAGGGAAGACCAAAGGCCAGUUCCGGAUGGAACGCAGAGACAAGGCCUCUGACGUGGUCCUGGUCGCCAGUGAACCGUUGACCUUUGAGCGCCACAACUGGCUGUCCGUGCCGACCAACACCAUCGUGGCCAUCUGCAAGCAAACCGUCUACGUGCGGCCCAUCAAGGACGAAUUCUACGACCCUGAUCCCUCGACCGAGCGAUCAACCGGCUUCGCCAGGUCCAAGGGUCUGGUGUCAAAGGCGCCUGGUGGCGGGACCAUCACACCCUCCACGAUCCCAGGAACACCCGUCCCUCGAAACGAAGUCGAGACAGCUGGCGGCGGUUUCAUUGUCAAGGACGAUCUGGACAGAGUGCGUUCAAACAUGGAAGAUUUCAGUCUGCGCACCGGAUCGGGCGGGUUGCUUCCCAACGACCACAUUUCAGCCUGUCAAGCAAGGCGGGUUGGUAUGAAGGGAGCUGUACCCAACGGCCCAAUUCCUGCUGCUACUUGA